CCCCGAAACGGCCAGCAGCGGCCCUGGGAGCAACACACAAUAUAGGAAGACAAACCUGCUGUACAUUAGUGAUCUGUGAGUGUGGAGGGGGAGCAAGGGUCGGCGAUGUGCAACGCUGACUCAGCGAACCGCAUGAAAGCCUCUGAGGAGGACCAGCGUGCAAGUAAAGUGUGUGUGUGGUGGUGUGACGGCGGCCAAGUGUAUGCGGAGAAACAACAGUGCGGUAUGGGGUGUUCAGAAUGCCUCGUCAUUCCUUAUCGAACCGGAUGCCCCCACCGGAUGCGGCCGUUGGUGGAAAAGCGACCACGCAGCACUGGGACUCGGGAUGGUGUGUGUGUGUGGGUCCAGAGAGUUGAGGGAGACGCCUGAGUUGGGGCGAGCUCCUCCAGUUGCUCCUGUUGUCGAGGAGCGAGGCGGCAGAGGUUUGUUUUGCAUGUCGUCACACUCCAGCACGCUCGACGCAUGACACGAGAAAGCCCGGGAACAUCACGCAUGUGUCAGCGGGACGGGAAGCCCCCCCGAGGCCCUACUACUACUAUGUUCUAGAUGCGCUCAUUGAGUUCCCGCGGUAGGCCUACGAUGGAGCGCGAGCCGGUGUAUUUGCCAGCGUUGUCCCGCGUGGCGGUGUGCGGUGGGACGCACGGGAACGAGCUGUCUGGGGUGCACGUGGUGCGGGAGCGGCUAAAGGAGAAGCAGCAGAGGGUCGAUGAUGAAGAAGAGGAUGAAGAUGUCGUGUCGGUGUCAAACAUCUUGACGAACCCUCGCGCGGUCCAGCAGUGUCGCCGCUACACCGAGACGGACCUGAACCGCUGCUUUACCCGCGCGACCCUCAGUAGUGCGGUUUCUGACCGGACCCCAUAUGAGAUCGCCCGGUCCCAGGAGCUGAACAUUCUGUUGGGCCCAAAGGGCAGCCCGCAAGCCGUGGACCUGGUGUGUGACCUCCACAACACCACGGCCAACAUGGGCGUGUGUGUCAUCGCCUACUCGGACACUGACUGGAUCUGCCUGCAUAUAUUCAAGUAUUUACAGCACCAUAUGUCCGAUGUACCAGUUAGAUAUAUCCACUUUGAUCUUCCAUGCAGAGAAGCGUACUCCCUUGACUCCCUUGGCAAACACGGUUUUGCUCUGGAGAUCGGUCCUCAGCCCCACGGGGUAGUGCGAUCCAACGUCUACACGUACAUGAAGACUGGGGUGGAGCUCAUGUUGGAUUGGGUCCGUCUCUUCAACUCAGGUACCGUCUUCGCGGGAGGUCUGGUCGAGGUUUACACCAUGGUCAGCGCUAUCGACUAUCCCAGAGAACGCCACACACACAACAUCAUGGCAGCCAUCCAUCCUGAACUCCAGGACCAGGACUUCUGCCUCCUCCGUCCGAACGACCCCCUGUUCGAGACCUUCUCGGGGGCCACCCUGCGCUACCAGGGGCCCGAGCCCCUGUACGCCUUCUUCAUCAACGAGUGUGCCUACUACGAGAAGGGCAUCGCCCUCUCCUUGGCCCGCCGGCGGAGCGUGGAGGUCCCCCCGGUGCAGAUGAAGAGCGGCCUGGAGCACCCAGGGGACCCAGGUACGUCUGAGGAAGAGGAAGAGGAGGACUAGCGGCACCGACUGACCGACUGUAGGGGGUGUCGCCACACUGUAGCUACAUUGCCGCGCGGGGCGAAGACAACCUGGUGUCGUCGGCUGAAACGGCAGCAAUAAACCAAAACAAGAACAUAUUUUGUGUUGUAAUCUUUACGUUUUUUUUUAUUGAAACAGCAUCGCAGUGUGUUCAAUCUGCUCACACAUACAUGCACACGCACGCACGAGCUCAGAAGGGGAAACUAUCAAUUGCACAUUUCCAAAAAUAUUUCAGUCAAAUUUGCCCGACAUCUUAGGCACACUGAAGCCAAGCUCAACGAUUUGCCUGAAGUCAGAAUGCCACUCAUUCCUUUAAAGGGGACUAUGCAGUUUAUACUACAAGCUAUUUAUAUUUCAUUUACAACUGAUUCAUCCCAACUCAUAGCAUGUUGUCAGAAGCACUAACGGUGGGAUUCUUCCUUCAGUUUCAUUCGCUGAAAGCAAUAUCCUGCCUCACCUAAAAACGUGCACUGCACUUACUUUCAAUCACAAGCUUCCAACUAAUUAAUGUCGACCAUAAGCACCUGUGAAUGUAACACUUUCUCAACAACGCAUUUGUUAAUUUGUGUUUUAAAUUAACUGCAAUAACCGCAAUAUAACCCAAGAAAAGUACAGUAACCUUA